ACACACACACACACACACACACACACACACACACACACACACACACUCCCUUUGUCAAAUUGUAGAACCUGCCCUAAAGCUCCAACUAUAUAAGAUGACAGAGCUGGCCUUAGAGCCACCAUACGCUUCAGGACAAUUUGAGCAUUUUAUUUUGUAUCUUCACCUUUUGCGUUCAUCCAUCUCUGCAUCCAUCCACCAUGUCAUCCUUCAAAACCUGCCCAGAAUCCUGCUCUGAGACCUGCUCCGAGACUUGCUCCUUCACCUUCCCCAAGACCUGCUCCGAUACCUGUGUGAAGACUUGCUCUGAGACCUGCUCCGAGACUUGCUCCUUCACCUUCCCCAAGACCUGCUCCGAUACCUGUGUGAAGACUUGCUCUGAGACCUGCUCCGAGACUUGCUCCUUCACCUUCCCCAAGACCUGCUCUGAUACCUGUGUGAAGACUUGCUCUGAGACCUGCUCUGAGACUUCCUCCUUCACCUUCCCCAAGACCUGCUCUGAUACCUGUGUGAAGACUUGCUCUGAGACCUGCUCCGAGACUUGCUCCUUCACCUUCCCCAAGACCUGCUCCGAUACCUGUGUGAAGACUUGCUCUGAGACCUGCCCCAAGCCAUGCUCUGUCUCCAACCCCAAGUCCUCCUUCAGCUCUUUCUCCAUGACUUCAAAGUCCAUAAUCGGUCCUCGUCUUUGUGGUACAGUUGCGCCUAAAGCUUACAGUGUCUAUGGCUGUGGUUUUGGAGAAAAGACACGCAUCUCUACCUGCUCUUAUCGUUUAAAUGCUGGCUCCCCUGGUGGAAGAUUUGGCGCAAGAAUCAUGACUGGAGGGUGUUAUGACUACCUCCAGAAUAGCGAGAAGGCCACCAUGCAAGACUUGAAUGACCGUCUGGCAUCAUACCUAGAUAAGGUGCACUUUCUGGAGGCUGCCAAUGUUACUCUGGAGAAGCAGAUCCGGGAGUACUAUGAAAAGAAGGGGCUGAUCUGCCAGAGGGACUACAGCUGCUACUUCAAGACCAUCGAUUGCCUUCAGGAAAAGAUUAAAGAUGCUACUGUCAACAAUGGCAAAAUCCUUCUGCAGAUCGACAACGCUAAACUGGCUGCUGAGGACUUCAAGAUAAAACAUGAGAAUGAGGCGAUGAUACGGCAGUGUGUAAAAGCUGACGUUGAUAACCUGCGUUGCAUACUUGAGAAGACAUGCCUUGCAAAAGCAGACCUGGAGACGCAGAACUGCGCUCUGCAGGAGGAGCUGGUGUAUUUGAAGAAAACUCACCAGGAGGAUGUGGCAGCACUACUGUGUCAGCUGACAGACAAAAAAGUGUGUGUGGAAGUGGAUGCUGCUCCUCAGCAAGACCUGAAAAAGGUUUUGGAAGACACCCGUUGUCAUUACGAGACCAUCAUAGACAAACAUUGCAGAAAACAGGAGCGCUGGUUCAAAGAGAAGGUGGCAGAUCUGUGUAAAGAUGCGGCCACCAACACAGAGUGCCUAGAAACCUCCAUAUCCCAAAUCUCAGAUUUGCGACGCACUUUGCAGAGUCUGGAGAUCGAGCUACAGUCUCAAAUCAGCAUGAAAGGAGCACUGGAGUGCUCACUGUUGGAAACAGAGGCUAGGUACAGCACUAUGCUAGCAGGUUUCCAGAAACAUAUCGACACAUACGAGGCAGAGCUUUGUCAGGUGCGCAGUGGCAUUGAGCAGCAGGGCAGAGAUUAUGCUGCACUGCUGGACAUCAAGAGCCGUCUGGAGCAGGAGAUCGCCACCUACAGGUGUCUCCUGGAAAAGCAGGACAUUAAGUCCUAAAAAGGUCAUCUCUCUAUAUUUACUCUUUCCCUCUCUCUCUAUGAAUAUAUGGAGGAUAUAUAAUUGUAAAUGUUUUCUACCCUGCAGAUGGGCAGUGUAAACAAUACAUGCAAUGAAGUGUCCUAUAUAAAGUGCAGAUUUAAAUACAACAUUUGUUUUUUUUUUAUUUACCAUUCACUGUAAGACAAUUAUUGAGUGGCUGAGAUUUAU